AUGCCAGUCUCCACCUCGCGUGGCUCAGAUCGAGAGCUAGCCUACGCCUCACCUGUUAUCAAGACAGAUGAUGGCGAAGAGAAGAGAAUCCGCCGGUGUCGAGGGUCGAGUGACGAUGAGGGACUCCCAACGUGGGACGGUUAUAUUAAUGAGGACCUUCGAGUUGGGGGCCCACGCCUCUGCUCGCUUCCAGCCAGCUUUGUUGAGAUAAGGAGGGAUCAUCUCCUGUCUUGUGGAUUGAAUGCUCAUAACAGGCACGUGUACGAUGAGAUACAUCGUAUUCUUCAGUCUCUAAACAUCAACGCCUGUGUCAAUUUCAACGGCAGACAAUCCGACUGGAAUCCUGAACCCGAGCCAAUUAUUACCGCUUUGAUCUUCGUUAAACGAAAACAGCGAAGGUCUGUCUGGCUGACAGCAUGCCGGCAGAUCAGAGAGUACCUUACUGCGAAUGGUCUCGAAGAGGUUUCCGUUGAAAUAGCCGACACUCAUGCCGUUAAACGCUUGCGAGCCUUCUCCGUCUUGCCGACCGAUCCCAUCACGCACGUCUGGGAUGAUGUGCGAGACCGCAUCGUUAGGUCCCUGGACCUGACGGAUGUCCUCAUGGUAGGAUGCUACCGCCACGGGAUAAGCAAAAACGUGCUUGAAAAUGACCCGACGAUCCUUAUUCUGGUCAACACCAGGAGCACGCGAGAUUGGAGAGGUCCCAGGGACAAGAUCGUAGAGAUCUUGGCAGAGUAUGAUCUCUCGAUGGUGGCAGUGGAAUUCUCCAAAGAUGUAAUACGCAGGGCCACCUUUGCCCCUAGAGAUGUGGAAAGACGAACGUUGCAUAAUCCAGCAAGGCCAGACGACAACCUUGGUAUGCAACUCGAACCUACCAGAUCUGCAACUUUCGGAGGCUAUGUCGAGUUGAUGAGCUCUGACAAUGUGCGGUUUAACUUCGGACUGACAUGCUUUCACUGCGUCAUGCCCACGGAGGAGAGCACCCCUCCAAGCCUUUCCCAGAAGUGCAACAACUGGAAAGAGCACGGAAUCCGACUUGAUGACCAAGAAGCGGAGCGAUACCUCAAAAUCCACCGCCCAGGUCUUGCAGAUAUGGACAACAAGGCGGAAGAGCUCCAUGAUGAUACCCGAAGGAUGAAAUCUGGUAGAUUUCUAAACAUGCCAUUAGCGAAAAUGUCUCGUGCAAUGAAAGAUAGUCGCAGCAGCAUGGAGAGGGAAAUCGACGAGAACGAGGCAUUCCUAGACGAGAUUCGCAAGUAUAAAGCCAGCGGAUCAUAUCAGAUGGGCCAUGUGGCUGCUGCAUCCGGGCUUCGAACCAGCCAAGCCCCAUCUACACACGACCCUCAGGGUCAAGUCCGAAUGAACAUGGACUGGGCUCUUAUCCAAGUCGAUGAACGACAUCAAGGGACCAACGAAACCGAGAGAGGCCUUUGGCUCACCAAUCCCUGGCUCGACACCUUCGAGCGGAUGGUUUCAGGAACCAUAUACGUUGGGAAAUAUAAAGGAACAUACCACGCACUCCGGACCUCCUUCAUAACCGACGUAGUUGUUGACGGCAGACCAGUCAAGGUGGAAACGAUUGAACAUACAACCUUGACUAACUAUGACAGAUCAUUCACCAAUCCGAUGAACCCGGGGGGAUUCGUCCGUACAUUCGACAGCAUAGCAAUAGGCAUGGUUUUUGCAUGCUGCGAAGGCCGUGGUAUUACCUUCUUCACGCCCUUUGACGAUUUGGCGAAGGAUAUCAUGUUCAUGACGGGAGCGAAGGAGGUGAGAAUGGCUGAUGAAUAG